GAGAAAAGAGUGCCGGCAGUGGCGCAGUGAAGGCACGACAGCGCUCAUAACGGUGACAAUUAGUGGCAGUACUAUCGUGGUGAGCGAGGAAGGCGCAGUGCCAGUAACAGUGCCAGUAACAGUGCCAGUGGUACCACGGACGGGGAGAGUGAAGUGUUUUCCUCUGACACCAGUGAAAGGAAAAUACACUUCAAAGCACUUCAGUUUAUAAUAAGUACUUGACUGGACUACGUAAAAGAAAUUUACACCAAAAAUCAAAGAAGAACAAGGAGGAAAAAAUAAAUAAAUAAAAUAACGGUAUAAUAGAAACAUUUUGCAUAGUUUAAUUGAAAAGUUAUCAACCACUUAACAUAAACGUAAGGGAGAGAAGAUUCACAUCGCUUGAACGUCCCGCCCGCCCACAAUAAACAACUCGAGCAUGGCCAACUGCACCGUGGACGAGGCCAUGGCGCCGUGGGUGGUGGCGGCGGUCGUCAACUACAGCAUCGUCUGUGUCCUCGGCAGCGUAGGAAACAGCUGCUGCGUGUGGUGUCUGCUCCAGUGCAAGAGGACGAAACCAGCCAUCAAGUUUCAGCUGAUAUGCGUGUUUUCCGUCAUGGCGACCUGCUCCCUCAUCACGCAGCCCAUCGUCAUCUUCAUCUACUACAACAACACCUUCUGCCUCUACAACAUCUCCCCUGUUGUCAGUUUCUCCUUUUCCGUCAUGAACAGCGUUCUCCUACAGAUGGAGAGAACCAGUUUCGCCAUGGUAGCAGUUAACAGGAUGGUGGCAACGUGCUGGCCGGAGAGACACGCGCAGUGGUCCAGGCUGCAGGUGGUGGUGGCGGUGCAGGUGGGCAUCGCGCUCUACAUCAUCCCUGUCUGGCUGGUCCUCGGGGCUCUCACGGGGUUCAAGCUGCUCCCUGACGAGGGCUCAGUGAUGCACAUGAUAAACAAUAAAGCGGGCCCCGCCUUCAGCAACGCCACCUACGUGAUGUACUACGCCGUGCCCUACUUCGUCACACUCCUCGCCUCCCUCUCCAUGAUCAAGCGCCUUCUGCAGCAGAGGAAAGUGACUGGUAGUGCCGUUGAAUCGUCCCUGGACCACGUGAUUCACGCCACCACACUGGUCAUCUUCGUCCUCCUCGCCAUGGACUUUCCCCACAUAGUCCUGCACAUGUUCCCAGGUGAAGGGCUGCCCUCGGUCAUCAUACACAUGAUCUUUUUCCAUCACCUGACCGCCGUCCCGAUCAUCUUCGUGGGCUACAACCCCAGCCACCGCCGCGCCGUGCUGAGGAUUCUGCAUCGCCACCUGCCGCCAGUCUGCCGCCGGGUCCUGCCGCAGCCGCCCUGUGCCUCAGUGGUUUACUGUGAUUCUGUGGAGAUGCGCGCCACUCACAAGUUCACCACCACGGCAGAGUAAAUGCCGUGGCGAUCACUGCGUCGCUCCCGUCAAGUGUCUGUCUCAAUAACCACCACAGUGUUGACAGCAAGCGCGUCAACACCUGUUUGGGAAGGGCUUCUCAUGCUGGUGCUAACUACUAGUUGCUUUACACUGUUAUAUAUUAUUGCUGUUCUAUCUUCCUAUAACUUGAGGGCGAGGAAAACAUAUCCAUGUUAGCUUCGUAUUCAGAAACGCUGUGCUUUCUCACAAAGACGAUUAGCCGGGUUCUCAAGUAUUUCUCCGGUUAAUAAUGUAGAAAUCUCGUUAAUCUAUCACUAAAACCAUAAAAAAAAAACUCUUAAAAACCCGUGUAACUUCAACUGGAGCCUUUUGAAAGUAGUGGAGGUGAGGCGCACAAGUGUUUCAGAAUAUGGCACUUAGUGCCUCGAGUACCCUGGGCACCACAAGGACCUGCGUGGCGGGCGCCUCUCUGGACCAAAAGGGAUUCGCUCCAGACACACAUAUAGCAUGAUACAAUUUUAGUUUUUAGGGAUUAAUGAAGCGAUCUAGAGGAGGUUAGUGUGUGGUAGUGUCUAGUAUAUCGAAAGUACCGCAGUGUACCGAGAUGGUCCACGCGGCGUGCGGCAAUCAUCAACACACCGACAGGCAAGGGAGACCCGCCACCUGUUGCAACACACCCGCGCAGUGCUGCCUACCCACGCCGGCAUGACACUGCGUAUCUCCUUCGGGCACGCGGGGAGCGGAAAGAGAGGCUCAUCUGUCUAUAUUUUGAUUCUGUACAACUCUUAAGUAUUCCUGGCUCAGUAUUCUCGUAUGUAUAUAUAUAUAAUAUAU